CAGUCCGUCGGAAAUUACAGUCCGCCUCAUUAUCUUCAGCAGCGUGUGUAGCAGCUAACUUCAUGUUAGCACCGAACCUGUUGAAAUUCACUUUCCGAACUUCAGUGUUUACUAGUGUUUAUAGAAAUAUACCGGUUAGAGACAGAAUACCAGUUGCAGAAAGAAGAUACAUGUCACACCAACCCAAGCGACUCUGCACAGAAAACAUGUCUGGUAAAAUAAUCGGCACCCAUAACGGGACAUUUCAUUGUGAUGAAGUGCUAGCCUGUUUCUUCCUUCACCAGCUCCCGGAGUACAAGGAUGCUGAGAUCGUCAGAACUCGGGACCCUGCAGAGCUCGCCAAGUGUGACAUCGUGGUGGAUGUGGGAGGAGAGUUUGACCCCAAUAAGCAUCUCUAUGACCAUCAUCAGAGGACCUUCUCCGAGACGUUCCACAGCCUGUGUCCAGAGAAGCCCUGGGUGACCAAGUUGAGCUCGGCUGGUUUGGUCUACCUUCAUUUUGGCCGGAGGGUCCUUUCUCAGCUCACCUCCCUGAAGGAAGGAGACAGACAGCUGGAGGUGCUCUAUGAUAAGCUGUAUGAGAACUUGGUGGAGGAGGUGGAUGCUGUGGACAACGGGAUCUCCCAGUAUGAUGGAGGCUCAUACGCUGUCUCUACCACUCUCAGCGCCCACGUCGGACACCUUAACCCACGCUGGAACAGCAAGAGCCAGGACACCAAGGAGGGCUUCCAUAAGGCUCUGGCCAUGGUAGGAGCAGAGUUCCUGGACCGGGUUGACUUCUACCAGAACUCCUGGCUUCCUGCCCGUGUGGUGGUGGAGGAAGCUGUGCAGACGAGGAAGCAGGUUGACCCCAGUGGCGAGGUAGUGGUGUUUUCUCAGGGUGGUUGUCCCUGGAAGGAGCACCUGUUUUCCCUGGAGAAGGAGCUGAGCGUGGACACCCCCAUUAAGUUUGUCCUCUACCCUGACCAGAACGGACAGUGGAGAGUCCAGUGUGUCCCAGCCGGUCUGUACACCUUCAAUAACAGGUAGUGGUCUCUGUUGGAGGAGUGGCGCGGGGUACGUGACGAUGCCCUGUCAGAGCUCAGUGGGAUCCCCGACUGUGUCUUUGUCCACGCCGGAGGUUUCAUCGGUGGGAACAAGACCAAGGAAGGGGCGUUGGAGAUGGCCCGCAGGACCCUGCAGGCUGCAGCCAAGUCCCCAUCCAAACACACCAACUGCAGCUGAUCUUGGCCCAGUCCCGGGGGAUGGUUAACCAAGAAAGCUCAGUGUCGCUUGGCCUACCUCCGCUUUGUAGUGUGAACGUAGUUCUACCACACACACACACACACACUCUCAAUCACGUCACUGUUCGGUUAAAUGAAUUGUACUGUAUGUGUGUUGCACUUGUUUUGCUUUUAAAAAAAAUACUACAUUUUGA